GCAAAACUCGCCAUAUGUAUCCGCCUGCCUAUACUACGUAAUAAGGCAACGGACUACCUACCAAAAACAGAUCCUGCAUACAAGUAUCGAGUUCAGGCCAACCCACAAAUGGGGUCGGAAACCUGGGACAUGGGACUGACCCACUGGAGCGCUAAGGAUAUGGGAGGUGUCCCUCAAUUUAAAAUCCCAUCCCUGGCAAGCCCUGGCACCCUCAUCCGUUUGCUCUCUUUGAACGUCAUACCGUCAGCAAAGAGACAAUGUCCCAUCUUCUCAAUGUCACGGCAUAUGACCCCAUGUUCCACCACCAGACAUCCGGGGCAAUCACAAAGCCAUCGCAGAUGACCAAUCUGCAUUAGGCCCAUUGCAGGGAUUAGGGGCGCCCCACGUUUGAUGUGGGGUGGUGGGCUCUGUUGGUUAUGGUCCCAUAGCCGCUGACUUGUUUGCUUGCUUGUCCCACUCGUUGGCUACCUUUUUGACACCAGCCAAACAAACGUUGAUUACAGGAUAUUGAUUACUAUACUAUGCCUCAUGGUGGACACCCCUCAAAGCCCGACAUUGCCGACAAUGGCAAUUCUUCUUCAACCUGCCCUUAGUUUAAGAGUUUGCCAGAUAAGGUGUGGACUACGGGGUCUUCAAUGACUACUACCUACCUUUUCCUAGAUAAGUAAGUGUCUAACGGAGAUAAGCAUAGGAGAAUAUGUCCCGGCUUCGGAAUGCCUUCUUCUGUAGGCUUCCGUCUCGUAUUCUCAAGGUAACGAUAUGAGCAACAGAUACAACAAAAAAUGCUUUACCUUGGGUUCCUGACCACCUG